CCUGCCCUGUUCCAUGAGUCCUGGGUUCAGCUUCCCACAGGAGCUGGAAAUGGCACAGGGGGAAGAGCAGGGACCCCCUGCACCUGCCCGAUGCCAGGGCAGAGGGAGCUCAUCAGUUUUCCUUUUCUCAUCAGGCUACCAUCAUGGGAGAGCGACACUGCAUUCGAUGAGCUGGGAGAGAGACACAGGCACUGUGAUGCCAGUGAGUGCCUUUGUCCAGGAGGCAGGCAGGAGGCAGAGGAGGAGGGGCCCUGGCAACUGCUCCUGUGCUCCUCCUGUGCUGCCGAGGGCACCCACAGACACUGCUCUGGCCUGAAGGACAGUAUAACCAGCUGGGAAUGUGACGGCUGUGCUCGCCAGAGCACCCACAGACACCGCUGUGGCACGACAGUCUCCACGAACAACUGUGAUUGUGAGAGCUGUGCUGAGUAUCUCACAUCCUCCGGUGAAUUCUCAAUCCUUGCUAGACUCAUGGACGAGUCUCCUGCUGUGUCAACAGAACACGAGACCAUCACCCCCAGCACCAGCCAACAGGCAGCAUCAGAGCAGUCUCUGGAAUCUCCCUCAGAGGAGAUGAGCAGCCCCAGCCUCUAUAGUCAGGUAACAUCAAGGCCAUCCCACAGCAACAUCCCAGAAACUGAGGACAGCAACUGCUCUCGCAGUCGGAGGCCUGAGCGCCGGCAAAACCGCACCCGCCGGCAAAGUCGGCCUCAAACUCCACAACUUCGGUCCAGAAGUCCCCGUGACAGCAGCCAUGUGCCGGAACCAACUGCUGCGAGGUGCAGGCCCAGGCACAGACAGUCGGGGACAUCCCGCAGGCGAAGACGCUCUCGCCGGCAAAGUCGUCCCCAGAAUCCACACCUUCGGGACCCGAGUCCCUAUGACAGGAGAUGUUCGCCACACCUCCGGUCCCCGAGUCCCCAUGACAGGAUCUGUUUGCCACCACCACCAAGUCCUCGGAGGCGCAGCCGCAGCGAGGAGGCAUCAGAGACAUCCAGCAACCGAAACCGCUCCCGCCAGCAACGUCGGCCCCAAAAUCCACACCUUCGGUCCAGAAGUCGACGUCACAGGAGCCAUGUGAGAACAGCAAGGGCUGAGAGCUGCACCUCCACCCAGGAAGCAUCAGAGACAUCCCACAGCCGAAACCGCUCCCGCCAGCAACGUCGGCCGCAAAAUCCACAACUUCGGUCCAGAAGUCGCCGUGACAGGAGCCACGUCCCAGCACCAAGUACUGGGAGGCGCAGGCCCAGCCAGGAAGAAUCAGGGACAUCCCGCAGACGAAAUAGCUCCCGCCGCCAAAGUCGGACCUCAAAUCCAUCUGGCCAGUCCAGAAACCGCAAUGACAGGAACUGCACGCCAGCACGGAGUGCUGGGAGGCGAAACUCAAGGGAGACAGCAACCACGACUUCCCAAAGGCAACAGCGCUCCCGCCAGCAGCGUCGGACCUCAAAUUCAUCCAGCGGAUCCAGAAGUCGCCGUGAUGGGAGGCGUGAUAGAGCACCCAGUGCUGGGAGUCCCACUCACCGCUCAGACGGUGAGACAGGGACUCACCACUGACACAUCCCACGUCAGAAAGGAAGGAGGAGGCCCCCCAAGGGAGGGAGCCAGCCUCCAAAGAUGACUUGGAGCUUGCUGGCCUCAGCAUGGCCUGACUGUCAGGACUGGAGCCUUCUGAUGGCUCCAGAGAACCC